CCCUCUGCCCGCCCCUGAAGUCUGGAGCAGCAGCAGCGGCGGAGCGUUCACUGCCUCUCCUCGCCUCACAGUGCGGGAAUAUACCAGCGGAGAAUGGAUACGGAAGGGAGCCAGAGCAGCCUGUCCUCCGGCACGGACAUCCCCCACGACCCCUGCAAAAUGUUCAUCGGGGGUCUGAGUUGGCAGACAACACAAGAGGGAUUGAAGGAGUACUUCUGUAAAUUUGGCGAGGUGAAGGAGUGUAUGGUGAUGAGGGAUCCCGUUACCAAGCGGUCGAGGGGGUUUGGGUUUGUAACAUACGCAGAACAAGCCGGUGUGGAGAAGGUUUUGGCGCAAAACAGACAUGAGCUGGAUUCCAAAACGAUCGACCCGAAGGUGGCGUUUCCACGUCGGGCUCAGCCUAAGCUGGUGACCAGGACAAAGAAGAUCUUUGUCGGAGGACUGUCAGUCAAUACCACCAUCGAAGAUGUGAAGCAUUACUUCGACCAGUUUGGAAAGGUCGAUGAUGCCAUGCUUAUGUUUGACAAAACAACCAACAGACACAGAGGCUUUGGAUUUGUCACCUUUGAGAAUGAAGACGUUGUGGAGAAAGUGUGUGAGAUCCACUUCCAUGAGAUCAACAACAAAAUGGUGGAGUGUAAGAAAGCCCAGCCCAAGGAGGUGAUGACGCCGACAGGUUCAGCCAGAGGCCGCUCCAGAGUGAUGCCCUAUGGGAUGGAUGCCUUCAUGCUGGGCAUCGGCAUGCUGGGCUACCCAGGUUUCCAGACUGCUACCUACACUAGCCGCAGUUACUCUGGAAUUGCUCCCGGUUACACUUAUCAAUUCCCAGAAUUCCAUUUAGAGAGGACCCCCCUCAUGACAUCAUCCCACCAUCCUGAGCUGGCAGCCAUUCCCCUGACUGCUUAUGGACCAAUGGCAGCAGCCGCUGCAGCAGUUAGAGGCUCCACCCCUUCACGCACAGCUGGUUUCCUGGGCACCAGCAGCCCUGGACCAAUGGCUGAACUGUAUGCUGCAGCCAACCAGGACUCAGGAGUCAGCAGCUACAUCAGCGCCGCUAGCCCCGCCCCCAGCACAGGGUUUGGUCACGGUCUAGGGGGCCCUCUGAUUGCUACUGCAUUCACUAAUGGCUACCACUGAGAAGACUCAGGUCACUAAAGAGGGGAGGGCCUCUCUUCUGCUGAUGAGCCAAUCAAAACGCUGGCUGCCCUCUGAUGGCACAACCUGAUUGGCCAGCCACAGGCUCCCUGUGGCUCCACCCACCGACUGAAUAUCUUUUUGAAAUCCUGAACUCUGUUUUGCUGUACUAAUCUCACUUCAACAUAACGUCCCCCGUCUCUCCUCUUUUGUCCUCAUGUAGUGUUAUAUCUAGAUCCCCCCUUUUGUUAUCCAUUAUUUUUCUUCUGAAGCUGAGAAAAGAAAACUGCAAAAAAAAAGAAAAAAAAAUCUCUGAGGAAACGUUUGUCAUCUUUGACAAACUCUCAGAGGACUAUUGUAAGUUUUUUUUAAUUAUUAUUAUUUUAUUUCAAUGUGAUAUGUCGUUUCAUCAUGAAAACCUUCAAAGCCGUUACUGAUGUGAACCGAGAGAAGAAACCGUGCGACAUGGGUCUUUGUCUGAAAACCAUUUUUAACAAAGGAAGAACAAAAUCUAACAAAGUCCUCUUUUUAACUCAAGCAUCGCAGAAACAUGAAAAAAAACAAAAACUAAAAUGUAUAUUUUGGUAGUCUUUAAAAACAAAACCUUUGUAAUAUUGUUAUUAAUAUUGACAUAAUAAUGAUAAUCUGUAAGGUAUUUUAUUCUGUAAUUGGUUUUAAAGCAAUGUUUUUAUGUCUUCCUGUAAGAUAUUGUACAUAGACGUUGGGAUGGGGGGGGGGGGUUUGAGGGGUUUACUGAACCAGCUCGCAUGUCAUUGGUUGGUUUGGAAAGGGUUAACAGCUAUUUGAUUGGCUGUCAUCUACUACUAUGUGUGGUCAUCUCACUACUUUUAUCAGUAUGCAUAUGGUAGUAUGUGUACGUCGUUGGCCAGUCGGCUCCAGCACUCAACGAUAGCUGUUGAGAAAUAGAACUUCCAGGAGUUUGUCUGGCACAUCCAUUCAGUUAAGCAACAGUUUUGUCACAAACUCAUCACUUUGUUUGCUUUGCUUCUUGAAAAAGCAACUUUGUCUUUAUUAAUUUGAUCACCACAACGAACCAGAUUUCUUGCAUCUUCACGAGAACUACUUCAGAUUAAGAUGACGAACUACAGAAGCACCACAGGUGGAGAAAUCAGGGGUUCACGGGGUGGGGUUUUGACUUGACUUCCUCUUUUUUGAAAAUAUUAUAUAUAUAUUUUUGCGCGAUUCACUUCUUAAUGUUUUUGUUUUUAUUGUUUUCUUUUUUUUUUUAAUUAAAUUCUUUUAUGCGGUGUUAUCCACCGUGAAAACAAAUGAAGGACAUUCUCAGAGAAGCAAUUGUAGAAAACAUCACAAUCAUGUUCUGUCCUCUUAUCGCUAUUGAAGGUGCAUGUGAUUGCGUCUGAGUGUGUGUGAGUGAGUGUUUGUGCGCAUUCAUCAAGGUGUAAUAUGGAACUACUUUUGGCAACGAAGGAGCAUUUCGAUUGCCAAUUUUUCUUGGUACUGAAGAAAAAAAGAUCACCCUGUUCCAUUGAGGCUCAUCUGCUCCUCUCCCCCCACCUCCUUCCCAUUUCAUAUUUUUAGGUUUAAUAAAUUUGCGCACCUCUGAAACCAACAUAAUAUUGUUUAUAUACAGUUGCUGCUCCGUGUAGUGGUGAACAGAGGGGAUUUGGUCAGGGAGCCAGAAAUGGAACAGGGUCUCGCUCCCAGUCGGCUCUGACACAGGACCUCAGUACAGACGCCACUGGCUGGCAGGAAAACUCAAAAGAGUUGGAACAAAUUCAACAUUUGCAAAAAAAACCAAGUAGUCUGUUUGUUCAGCCUUCUUGCUGCAGCCUGUUUGAUGUUCAGCACAGCAGAAAACUUCCUGAUCCAGCCAGUAGUUCCUCUGUCAGACCGCCUGGGACACGACAUAAAACUACUGCUGGACACCAACACUGUAACUUUUUAACUUACAAUAAAGCAAUAAGUUAUUUUUUACCUUACAAAUGAAAAUAGUACUAUUAUUGGUAAAAGCAGACGACGUGUGCAUAAUUCUGCGGCAUUAAGACUUAUUUUCAGAAAAAAAAAAGAAACUAUAUUUUUCUGUUUUGAGAUCUUGUUCCCCUUGUUUAUUGAUUUUAAUGAUGUCUUUUGUUGUGUUGAUGUAAGGAGAAGGGCCAAUGCUUUGAAUGGAGCUCGUUGCUCUACGUGAGCUCUGUUUAAGUUUUAAGAUUUGGGCUGUACCCCGCCAAGCUUUACAACAAUGCUUUUCUUUUUUUUCCUUGUUUUAUUUUUCUGAUAAUUUCAAUUUUAAAAUCCUAAUAAAUUAUUCUAAAGUG